AUUGAUCAGAAUCUUGAUCAAUAAAUGAAAUGCAGUGAUACAAAGUAUGGUCGAUUGGUGGUUAUUCGCGAGACCACAUUAUUGGCUUAAGCUUUUGUAUAAUUUGAAAUAAAAAAAAGCAUGACCAUUAGCCAGAAGAAUAGAUUUUUCAUAUAAUAAAAUGACAUGCUUAUGUACAACAUAAUCACACAAACAAAAGUGUUAUCAUAGGUGGUUGGAAAAAUCAGUUUGUAAAUCACUAAUUUUGCAACCAAUUAAGACCUGAUUGUUAGGCCUAAUUCUUACCCGUCACGUCAACAGUUGACUAGCUUAGUAAACUAGUUUAACCCAUUAUAUGUAGUAUGUCAUGAUGUGGUGUUUCCCAUUUUUAAAUGUCACCGUCUUUUUUGAUUAAUAAGUGUUUUUCGGCUUUUAGGAUGAAAAUCUACUUGGCUUUCUUACUCAUUGGAUUUGGGGCGUUACUCUGUCACAGUGAAGCAAUAAUUAAACAACAUUUACCAGCUGAACUUCUGUGUUCAGACAUAAAUUGUUUGAAAACCAUAACUACUGGAAGUCUUAUCAAAGAUGUUAAUGUACCGAAUAAGAAAACAUUAAAAGUGAAUACCUUAGUGGACAUAAUAGGAUUAAGCGCUGAUGCUACUAAUUCUAUGAUGAAAAUAAAAUUCGGCGAAGAACAUUUAUACAUCGACCCAAGUUUUGUACAAAUUAAGGAUUCUGUUAGUUCACGCAAAUUUUUAAAGGUGAAAAACUUCGAUAUAAAUUUGAAUCCUUCGACUCUAUUAGAUGAAAGAACACUUAAUCUAGUGUCACAUUACCAACUACCAUCGGAUGAAGAUUUGAAUUACAAAUCCACAGAGAAAAUAUCUGAGAAAGAUCAUCCAGAUAACAAGCAAACAAGUUUCCGCAAUCAAAGACAGAGUAAUGCUUAUGAUACUAGAGAAAGGACGAAUGAAAUUGAUGAAAUGGACGUGGUUAGUAGCAGAAGUUAUGAUCAGGUGAGCAAACAAGAAACUACAUACAAGAUAGAUUCUGAUGAAGUGGAACAAGAUGACAAAAUUGAGGAAGAUAAUGACGACAAUGAGUUUGACUAUAACAAUUCAUCCGAAAUAAAACAUGGUGACACGGAUACCACUGACUAUCCAUCCGAAUCACCCGGUGAACCGGCUUCUGUGAAUCAACAACCGUCAUCUGUUCAGUCACAUCACGUUGAAAUGAAGGCGUCUGGAACCGAACAUGUGGAAACCCAUGUACCGAUACGACCACCGACUGUCUCACCUGAUACUGGUAAGGAGUCGAAGGAGGAUGUUUCGAGUAGAUCUGAACAGGGUGAACCUGUUUCUGUGAAUCAACAACCGUCAUCUGUUCAGUCACAUCACGUUGAAAUGAAGGUGUCUGGAACCGAACAUGUGGAAACCCAUGUACCGAUACGACCACCGACUGUCUCACCUGAUACUGGUAAGGAGUCGAAGGAGGAUGUUUCGAGUAGAUCUGAACAGGGUGAACCUGUUUCUGUGAAUCAACAACCGUCAUCUGUUCAGUCACAUCACGUUGAAAUGAAGGUGUCUGGAACCGAACAUGUGGAAACCCAUGUACCGAUACGACCACCGACUGUCUCACCUGAUACUGGUAAGGAGUCGAAGGAGGAUGUUUCGAGUAGAUCUGAACAGGGUGAACCUGUUUCUGUGAAUCAACAACCGUCAUCUGUUCAGUCACAUCACGUUGAAAUGAAGGUGUCUGGAACCGAACAUGUGGAAACCCAUGUACCGAUACGACCACCGACUGUCUCACCUGAUACUGGUAAGGAGUCGAAGGAGGAUGUUUCGAGUAGAUCUGAACAGGGUGAACCUGUUUCUGUGAAUCAACAACCGUCAUCUGUUCAGUCACAUCACGUUGAAAUGAAGGUGUCUGGAACCGAACAUGUGGAAACCCAUGUACCGAUACGACCACCGACUGUCUCACCUGAUACUGGUAAGGAGUCGAAGGAGGAUGUUUCGAGUAGAUCUGAACAGGGUGAACCUGUUUCUGUGAAUCAACAACCGUCAUCUGUUCAGUCACAUCACGUUGAAAUGAAGGUGUCUGGAACCGAACAUGUGGAAACCCAUGUACCGAUACGACCACCGACUGUCUCACCUGAUACUGGUAAGGAGUCGAAGGAGGAUGUUUCGAGUAGAUCUGAACAGGGUGAACCUGUUUCUGUGAAUCAACAACCGUCAUCUGUUCAGUCACAUCACGUUGAAAUGAAGGUGUCUGGAACCGAACAUGUGGAAACCCAUGUACCGAUACGACCACCGACUGUCUCACCUGAUACUGGUAAGGAGUCGAAGGAGGAUGUUUCGAGUAGAUCUGAACAGGGUGAACCUGUUUCUGUGAAUCAACAACCGUCAUCUGUUCAGUCACAUCACGUUGAAAUGAAGGUGUCUGGAACCGAACAUGUGGAAACCCAUGUACCGUUACGACCACCGACUGUCUCACCUGAUACUGGUAAGGAGUCGAAGGAGGAUGUUUCGAGUAGAUCUGAACAGGGUGAACCUGUUUCUGUGAAUCAACAACCGUCAUCUGUUCAGUCACAUCACGUUGAAAUGAAGGUGUCUGGAACCGAACAUGUGGAAACCCAUGUACCGUUACGACCACCGACUGUCUCACCUGAUACUGAUAAGGAGUCAAAUGUGGAUGUUUCACAAGUUUCAUAUUCCAUCUCGUCAAGCGACAUUUUGGACAAUGAUAGUCAUAUAGAAUCUAAUAUGUCAAAUUCACAUUUUUCAUUGCAUGAUCGUAAACAAGGAGUCAUCACCAGUGAUCUCAUCGGUGUUCAAGAUAUUGGAAUAAUUUAUUCUUCAGAUGUAAAUAGCUCUAUUCUUUCAUCCGUUUCACGAAAAGUGUCUGAGGAUCAAAUUAUUUUCAAUCAUCACAGUGUUCCCGUUCACUUAGGUUUGAUACAAUGUAUAUACUGGGCAGCAAACGCUAGCUUUGAUAAAACGUAUUCUAAAACUGUUAGAUCACCUUUUUCGCGCUUCUUAGUCAAUGGAUUUAGGUACUUUUUUGCAGCUGCUAACGUUUCUCUGCAGUAUUUACCAGAAAACAUUAUUUCCAACUUAGAUAAUUUUUUGCUUGAAACAUUUUCUUUAUCAGUAAAUUUCAUUAUUGCUUGGAUGAUUUUUAUAUUUCACUUAAUUUUUAUGUGGAAUCUAAGUAAGGGCGUACAUUUCCUUCUAUCUAAAUACAUUUUUUCUGAAAAAUGCACAUCUCCAUCUCUCGUAGAAUAUCUAAAACUUGAGGAGUAUAGCAUUCAACUAGCUAGCCAACUUUCAGAUACGGAAGAAUCUAAUUCUCAUUUAUCUAAAUGGGCUAAUUCACUUUCAUGCAGUCUUCAAAAUCUACAGGAAGAAUAUACUUCCAAAUUAUCUGAAAUGACAUUAUCUAUGGAUGAUUCUCGGGAAUCUUUCAUACGUGCUCAAUCGGAGUUGAAUCAUUUAAAAAAUACUCAUAAUUCACUGGAACAAAACUUACGUUUGAAGUUAACUGAUAAAGAAGAAGUCAUUCAUGAAUUAAAUUCAGAAAUUAAUCGUCUGAAACAAUUACACUCUGAAAAUGAUGAUAAAUGGAAGAAAAGUCUUUUAGAUCUAGAAGAAAGUAACCGUAAGUCAAUAGAAGAAUUGAAAGAGGAACAAGAACAGUUAUAUUCUCAAGCUAAUUUAUAUUAUAAUCGCAUGAAGACGAUGCAAUCAGAGGUCGACAAAAUUUUAGAAUCUAGAAAAGCAUCUGAGGAAAAGUUACUGAUUAAAGAAGCAGAAUUUCAAAGUUUGCUUGCUACUUUUAAUACGCUUAAAGGUCUUCAGGUGAUUUUUGAACAGGAAUCUUCCUCAAAACAGGAAACAAAUGAUAUGGAAGAACGUGAAGUAACCACCACUGACAACCUCUCUAAUGUUAGUCGCACGUUAGAGGAUGACGUGGAGAUUAGCGAUAAGUCAAGCAUUAUUUCCGAAAGUGCUUUGUGUGAUUUAAUUGAAGUCGAUGAAAAGACUACAGAAAAAUCUAGAUUACAGAAGAAUUUAUCAUUGCUCUUAGAUGUUGGUCGUUUGCAUGCUCAAAUCAGACUUAAAGAUGAACAAAUUAAAGCUGAAGAGUCUAAAGCAAAAAAUGAACAUGAUCUUCGAGUUGAAGUUGAAUCCAAAAUGGAAGAGAUAGAAAGAGAGAAUUCAACUCUUAAAGCUAAUUUAAUUCAUAUUGAACAAGAAAGAAAUGCUUAUCAAACAAAGCUUGAUAUUUUAUCCUGUUAUUUUAAAGAACGUGAACUUGAACUGCAAAGGGAUUUAGGUAAGCAUGUCGUAGUUGGUUCAGAAUCUUCCGAAGCCCUUAUGCACAGUCGAAAGCGUAAUCAAGAGCUUGAGGGGGAAGUUAAAGUAUUACGAGAUCAAAUGGCAGCUUUACGUCGAGAGCUAGUGGAAACUGAAAGAACUAGUAGGCGUCAAAUAUCGGAGUUAGAUAAGCGUUCUCAUGAAAAUUGGUUAGCAGCUCGUGCGUCUGACCACCAAAUUCAAGAUCUACGUGAAGAAAACUUCAGUUUGCGACAAAAGCUCAUUGAAUCAGAGAACAAUGCAUUACGAUCGUCAAUGCGCACCAUCCCGGAAAAAAUAAAUAGUUCAUCUCGUGAGAAAAUUAUGAACAUUUUCACAAGACCUAUUUUACCACUAGAAUUUAUGAAAAAUCCAAGUUUAAGAGAUGUACGCUCUCAAUCAAGAAAUUCUCUAACAAAUUUAACAUCGCAACGGCCAGUAGCAGAAGCUAAUCCAUUCCCAUUCAUCCCAACACCACCCCGAGGAACAAUGCCUUUUUCAGGUGGAUUUCAAAGAGAUGUCAUACCAACACCAACAAGGCCUCUUUUGCCAGGAUUUCCUCCAGUGCAAAUGAGUUUCCCGUCAGCAUUUUUAGCUCCCCCAUUCGCGCCCGCCAUGAAAGCGAUGACUGACCAAAAUAAUAAACAAAAUAGUUCCCCUUCUUCUGUAAGCAGUUCACUAAAGUGAUUUUAGAUCUAUAACGCUUUGUUUAGUAUGUGGUUUUUCUUGCAUUUUAAUCUUCCGUUCUCUACGUUCCGAUUGUUUCGUUGUGGCAUUAUUAUUUAGGUUAUUUUGAAUCAGGCUGUAAAGUGAUAAUAUUUUUACAUUUGGUCUUUUGAUAAUAAGUAUGUCCAGAUAUUAUAUUUCAGAUUACAUAUAUCAAGAAUAAUAUUUUAAACAUUAGUUGGUUAUUGCACAAAAAAUCUUUUAUUCUGUGUUCGUACUUACGAAAAUGUUUCUGUUUGUUAUUUAUUGCUCCGAUAUUACUUUAUGUGUUUAUAAUGAACCAUUUUUGUUUUUGGUGAAUAAUGGUUCUUGAGUCAUUCGCUUUAUUAAAGAAAAUGUUCUAAAUUAGUGAAAAGUAUGUAUUUUUGUCAUUUCAUUAUCUAUUGUCUACCAACUGUCCUAAAGUAAUAUUACUGAAUUGUUUGAGUUCAUUGAAGAUAAUUAUUUGGUUUAUAUCUCAGUCAUUAGUUUUAAAUGUAAUCGGGAAUUUCCAAAGAAGAUCGCUAAUUACAGCGCUUAGCGAUAUUAGUUCACAAUCUGGAAAAAAUACCAGCCUUUUUUUCGAAAUUUGACAUUCUUGUCAAAUACUAAGGAAAUGAAAACUUUAAUUAUGUGUUGCUCAUGGAAAGUUGUCUUUAAUACUCCGACCUGAUACUCAUUUAAACAAUUAGUCGUGAUAGCAUGAACAUGGCAUUGACUCUAUCUCUAAUGUAGGAAUUAAGGUAGUAAGUUUUCAAACCUUUCGUCUUACAGCUCCCGUUAAUCUUAUCAAAUUCUUAAAAUGGUAGGCAGAUGUGUCACUCGUUUAAUUGUCAUUGUACUUAUAGUUGUUUCGACUAGCAAUGAGAAAUUUUACUGUCAAUUUCAUUUUAUUUUAGCUGGCUUAACUUGUAUUUUUUAGCUCAUAAGAAUUUAGCUCGAUGCUUAGUGUACGCAGCUGAACGCUUGAUUGCUAAGCCACACAGAAGUUUACUCGUUCCUUGAAUAACUUUGUUUUCAUUUCGUCUUAUCCCUUUCUAAUAUGUACAACUCGUGGACAAUAGUCAUUUCUUAUGUUUGCAAAAAUCUGUAACCUAAUGUUUUCGGAAGGAAUCUAAUCUUUGAUUUAAAGUCCUUGCCAUAAAGUGUGAUUAUGCUACAAUUUAGCAAAUAUUUUGAUGUAUUUCAGACGAUGUAAGAACAACGUCAUUGUUUUGUUUUUUUAGUUAAGUCUUCAUGAAGGAUUCCUUUAUGUAUUCAAUUUAUCCAACAUCAAGUUGCACCUUUUACUUUGUCCUGAAAUUAGAUGAUGA